ACAAACAAAAAAAACCACUUCAGAGGUCAAACCCAUCACAGCUUCAAUCACCUGGAGACAUAAAUAUCUGAGCAGGCAGUCAGACCUGAACCUGCUGGGGCUUCUUCUGACAACCAUGAGGGUGAUCAACAUCGGUCCAGAUCCGUCCCUGGCUUAUCGGCCAAAUUUGCAAAAGGAGAAGGAGGACUACAGAAACUUUGAGAGUGGAAUUCUCUUCAGCCGAGUCUUUAAAACGUACAGCCUGAUGCACACCAACCAGACGGUGGAGUUUGUGAAGACAAAGUCUUCUGAAUGGACCCAGUUCAACCACACCCAGAUGGGGAUGAUGGACGCCCUCAUGUCUCUGGACCAGCUGGUGGACGAGUCCGAUCCGGAUGUCGACUUUCCCAACUCCUUUCACGCCUUCCAGACUGCUGAAGGCAUCCGCCAAGAACACCCAGAUAAAGACUGGUUCCAGCUAGUAGGCCUGAUCCAUGACGUUGGGAAGACCUUGGCUCUGUGGAAUGAACCUCAGUGGGCUGUCGUGGGCGACACCUUCCCCGUCGGAUGCAAAUUUCAAAACUCGAUUGUGUUGAGAAACACCUUCGCAGACAACCCAGAUGAAAAAAACCCUGCGUAUAACUCUGAAUAUGGGAUCUAUGAACCAAACUGUGGCCUUGACAGGGUCCUCAUGUCCUGGGGCCAUGACGAAUAUCUCUACAGAGGAAUGAAGCACAACAACUGCUGCAUCCCCGUCGAGGGGCUGUACAUGAUCCGAUUCCAUUCCUUCUACCCGUGGCACUCUCAUGGAGACUACAUGCAUCUGUGCAAUGACAAAGACCGGCAGAUGCUGCCGUGGGUCAAAGAGUUCAAUAAAUUUGACCUCUACACAAAAAACAGCACUCUGCCAGACGUGGACGAGCUGAAGCCGUACUACCAGUCCCUGAUCGACAAAUACUGUCCGGGGGUUCUGCAGUGGUGAACCAGCAGAUACAGAAGUCAGCUGCGAUGACAAUGAAAAUGUAAACGAUGAUUUAUAGCUUUGUUUAUUGCAACACUAAAGCUGGACGUGGCACUUUUUGCAUAUCAUCACUUUCUUUUUAAAAUCUCUUCACUAAAUCUCACUGAGAACUGUUUUUAUCUCUUCUUAUGACGUGUAUUUUUUGUUAUAUGUGGCAAAUAAUUUUGAGAAACAAUUCGUACAAAUUGAGUUUUUUUAAUUUAAAAGAAUACAAAAACAA